AAGGGGGAAAAAAAAUAAAAAAUCCUUAUCCGAAUCGGAGUGGCAUCCAUUUCUCCCUGUGGUGGAUUUUGCUGUGGAAAGCAAGCUGAUAUUAGUGUUCAAUUUUGUAUCUUUGUGAUUCCUCUCUCUUUCUUCCCCCAAUUUCUUCAAUUUGCAGUCCAAUUUCUUCAAUUUGCAGUGAAGAACAAAACCCUAGCCUCAAAAAUUGACCCCAAAAUCAUGGAUCAUUGGAAAUCCGACGAUUUCUCAGCUGCUUCGGCUCCUUCUUCUACUCAACCUCUCCCCUGCGGUCGCCCCCACAACUCCAACUCCGAUUCCAGGCAAAGACUUGAUGUAGAAACGAAGGACCCGAUUGUUGCCAGAAAAGUUCAGAAAGCAGACCGCGAAAAGUUGAGGAGGGAUCGACUCAAUGAGCAUUUUUUUGAGUUGGGCAACACAUUAGUUCAUGGUGCACGUGCCCUAAUUCUGAACAAACAUGGACGCCCUUGUUAUGUUGGAAAUGCAGAUCCGGAUAGGCCCAAGAACGAUAAGGCAACCAUCCUUACCGACACAAUUCAAAUGUUGAAGGAUUUAACCACUGAUGUCAACAAACUAAAGGCCGAGUGUUCUGCACUUACUGAUGAAUCCCGUGAGCUAACGCAGGAGAAGAACGAGCUAAGAGAGGAGAAGGCAUCUUUAAAAUCUGAUAUUGAAAAUCUAAACGUUCAGUAUCAGCAGAGACUGAGAGUGAUGUUUCCAUGGGCUGGCAUGGAUCCUUCUGUUGUUAUGGCUCCACCUUACUCAUAUCCAAUGCCUGUGGCUGUCCCUUCCGGCCCAAUUCCCAUGCACCCAUCACUUCAGUCGUAUCCUUACUUUCAAGCUCAAAAUCCUGCUGCUAUGCCCAAUCCCUGUUCAACUUUUGUGCCGUAUCCAGCACCUGCCAAUCCUCCUGUACAACAGCCAUCACCGCUGUAUGCAUCCAUCUCCCACCUUUCAAGCAAGCAAGAUUCCAGGAGCAGAUCAUCAGAUCAUCAAGGGGGUAGCACUGCCGAAAGGUGUGAUGACUCCAACGAUGUGGCAACAGACCUUGAACUUAAGAUGCCAGGAUCUUCAACACCACAGGAUUCAUCUUCUGCAGUUAAAAAGGCCAAGCAAUCACAGAGGAAAGAUAGGAGUGUUACAGAUGGAUGCUCAUCAAGUAGGCAUUCUACAUCUCAAGUUGUUCAGGAUAGCUCCUCCAACAGCGUAGGUGACGUCCCUAAGCCUAACAAAUGAAGUUUCAGUGUCUGUACUUCUGACUUCAUCGAACUGCUAACAUUGCAAAAGCCUGUUCUUUCUGUGAAACCCGGAUACCCAACACCUCCAAAGUCGAAGACUUCAGUAUCCAAGCAAGUAAGGGUUUUCUUUGGCUAGUCACAAGUUUUCUCAGCAUCAUCAAUCAUAAGGUUGGAUUCUGCCUUUCGGUAAUUUCUAGGGUAGCCUGAAAACUGUUUUUAAUUGUUCCAAUCCCAUGCAGACUCAAACCCACUGAUUGAUAAUAUAGAGGUUUAUCUAUAUGUAAAUUAUUGUGAUCGUCACCUCUAUCAAGUAAAUGAGCACUACAAAAUAUACUUGAUUAGUAUAGCCCCUUUGACAGCCCUUAAUGUUAGUGAGGAACAGUUUUAUAGAAAAAAAACUCUUCGCCCCUAUCAUUGGUCCCGAUGAUUACAGUCGGGUGCAAUAACAGUUAGUGGAGGGGUUGUUUUU